UAAUGAUUAAAGAAAGUUAGUCUGAGCAAGAUGGCCGGUCGGACGACUUCGGUCUUAUAUUACUCUGCACUUUUUUUGCAUUUAAUAUUAUUAACGAGUUUCAAUAACGGGCAGAGAUUUGGUCUCAAAGCAAAAACUCUUCAUAUUACGGAAGAUUAUAAUUCUUAUGGUUAUAGACAGCCGCUUGUCAUUAAUCGAGACGAAUAUUCGGAUGUCAGCGAAACGUCAGCUAGUCGAACGCGCAGGGAUAUUCCUUCACAGAUCUCAAAUAAUGAUCCAAAUAUCACGACAAAGGUCAAUGCUUUAAAUGAUUCGCAUCAACAAUUAAUAGUUCAUUGGGUAGGAGAAAGAUCAAAUGUGAUAAUAUGUCUAGCAAGAGACAGUACACCAGUAAGAAGCAAAAAUCCCACACCUAGUCCUAGUGCUGUGUACAUAAGUUACAAUUAUGGCGAUACAUUCGUCAAUAUAACCGAAAAAUUCCGAUUCAGCACUUUUCAACAAUACGCUACUUUGGACAAAUUUACUAAUCAUCCAAAAUAUAACAGAUUCUGUAUUUUUGUGGACAGUACACAUAGAUUACUUUUUAUCACACCAGACAAUGGUGAAACUAUCAAUGAAGUGUCAGUACGAUUUCAUCCUAGUGAAAUCUCAUUUUAUGAAAAUGAUGUUAAUAUUGUUCUUGCUUUGGAUAAAAUGAGUCCUCUACCUAGCCUAUGGUUUUCGACGAAUACAGGCUACAAAUGGACACUAUUACGUCCUUAUGUGAAAGCAUUUUUUUGGUCCCCUGCACCUGCAUUGAUAAUCGAACGAAUGCACUCAGAUGGGAGAAAUACUGUUUAUCAGAUUGAUUUGCAAAAUAACUUACAAAAUGAUUCGGUAACACGCUUAAUUGAACCAUUUACAUUGAUCAUUUCAGACGUGGAAGACUUUCAAAUUAGAGGCGAUUAUAGAUUUGCUACGUCAAAGAAAAAGAACGAAACGGAACAUUUGGAUCUUUAUAUAUCUUAUAAAAAUUUUAGUUUUAUUAAAGCUGAAUUUAAUACAGCUUUACCAAUCAAGAAUUAUCAUAUCGUCGACGUUUCGUAUAAUAGAGUUUUUGUUGCUGCCUCUCACAGUGAAACGCAAACGAAUCUUUACAUUUCAGAAGUUAUAGAUCAGAAGAUAGCUACAUUCACUUUAUCUCUUGAAGGAAUUCUUACAUUUUUCCCAAAUAGCACUUGGAAAGAUAGUUGGUUAAAUGAUGUAUCGGACGAGUCAUUCACCGAUUUGUACAAAGUAGAAGGUCUCCGUGGUAUUUACAUAGCGUCACAAGUAAAAGGAACACCAAAAUCGGGAUCUAUCGGCCCGGAACAUUUAGUUUCUUUGAUAACAUUUGAUCAUGGUGUAACAUGGAAUCCCAUAAAGGCCCCCACUGCAAAUCACGAAGGUUUUCUAAUUCACUGUGCCAAAGAUUGUUCAUUGCAUUUAAGUCAACGUUUUAGUCAAUUAUAUCCUGUAACGAGAUCGGUAUCUAUUAUGAGCUCGAAAUCUGCUCCUGGCAUUAUAAUGGCUACUGGAGUAAUAGGACCGAAUCUCAAGGGUCAUCCUGCCCUGUAUGUAUCCAGAGACGCUGGCCUUACUUGGAAACAGGUUCUCAAGGACUACUACUUCUUUAACAUAGGAGAUCACGGUGGUCUUUUGGUAGCUGUUAGAUACUUCAAGUCACGUGGAGAAACCAGAGAUAUUUCUUAUUCCACUAACGAAGGAGAGACUUGGCAAUCGUAUGAAUUCAACGAAGAAAUGCUGCGCGUUUAUGGAUUGAUGACUGAACCGGGGGAAAAUACUACAGUUUUCACGAUGUUUGGUUCAGCCAGUGGUCAGCAUCAAUGGCUAAUUAUCAAGGUUGAUCUGAGAAACGUAUUCGAAAAAGAUUGUACCAAGGAUGACUUUAAAUUCUGGUCACCAUCGAGUUCCGAUCAACCAGUGAUGUCUUGUGUAUUGGGUCGGAAGGAAACCUAUCAAAGAAGAGCAGCGAGCGUUAAUUGUUAUACAGGGGUGGAUUAUGAUCGGCCAAUAAAAACGGAAAUAUGUCCGUGCGAUUUUAACGACUAUCAAUGUGAUUUUGGCUUCGUACGAGAAGGAAAUCCUUAUCACUGUAUCAGAGAUAAAUCCGUAACUUUCUAUGAUCCUUAUGCUAUACCGAAUACUUGUGAGCCUGGAGCAUUUUAUAAUAGAACUAAGGGUUAUAUUAAGAUAAACGAUGACGAGUGUGUAGGUGGUUUAGCCAGAAAUUUCGAGCCAGAUGAGAUCCCGUGCCCUAUGAAGGAGAAAUCUGAAUUUCUGUUAGUUGCUCAACGAGAACACAUUUCACGAAUAGAUUUAAUAGAAGAGAAGAUAGAAACAUUGCCUAUUCACGAUUUAAAGAACGUGAUAGCAAUCGAGUUCGAUAUGAGAAACAAUUGUCUCUAUUGGGCAGACAUUGUUAACGAUACCAUAGGUAGGCAAUGCUUCAAAGAUGGUACGAGUUUUCCCGAAAUUCUAGUGGAAACCGACUUGAGUUCUAUAGAAGGAAUGGCGCUCGAUUGGGUUUCUAAUUUGUUAUAUUUUGUUGAUGGUGUUAAGAUGAGAAUUCAAGUAAUAAGAACGGAUAUAUCAACUAUGGGACGAAUGCGAAGAACGAUCCUAGGAUCUAACAAUCUACAGAAACCUAGAGGAAUAGCGGUUCACCCGAUGAACGGAUACAUGUUCUGGACCGAUUGGGCCCCGGGAAAUGCUUCGGUAUCGAGAGCCAAUCUUGACGGGUCGGAUGUGAAAAGAUUAUUCGUGGAGCCAACUGUCGAAUGGCCGAAUGGGAUAACUAUAGAUCACAUAGCGGAACGUAUUUAUUGGGUAGAUGCUAGACAAGAUUAUAUCGGGUCUAGCGAUUUCGAUGGGAAAAAAUUCAAGAAAAUAAUCUCUAAAAACGAGAGAGUUUCGCAUCCUUUCGCUGUCGCGGUAUUCAAGGACAAUAUGUAUUGGGAUGACUGGAAACAAUCUAUGAUAUUUGUUGCAGAUAAGGAUCACGGUGUCGGUAUAACUACUAUAUUAGGUCACUUGCCAGGUCUGAUGGAUCUUAAGGUAUUCGCUCACAGUAUGCAACAUGGCAGCAACGAGUGCGCUAAUAAUACGUGUUCGCAUAUUUGCGUGGGUGCGCCUCACGGCCAUGUCUGCCUUUGUCCCGACGGGAUGGAAAUGAUCGACGGCAAGUGCAUGUGUCCAGGAGGAAUCACCCCAUUUGCCAACUUCACCUGUCCUAGAGUAGCCAGUACGUGCGCCCCGAAUCAGUUCACUUGUGCUAAUGACGUAUGUAUCCCAGGAUCGUGGCAUUGUGAUCGGGAUAACGAUUGCGGCGAUAAUUCGGAUGAGAUCAAUUGCGCCUCGUUGACCAGUUGCACGCCAAAUUUCGAGUGCGAUGGCAAGUGCAUCUCCAAGCAUUGGGUUUGUGAUUUUGAUGUGGAUUGCAAGGACGGGAAGGAUGAGAUGAAUUGCAAAUAUCCGCAGUGCUCCGAGUCGCAAUUCAAGUGCGACAACGGUAGAUGCAUAUCGCACAGAUGGCGUUGUGACGACGAGAACGACUGUCGGGAUGGUUCCGAUGAGAAGAACUGCCCCAAAAAAGAAUAUCCCACCACGUGUAGGUCUGACGAAUUCCAGUGUAAGUCGGAUAAAUCUUGUAUAUCGAAGAGUUGGAAAUGCGAUGGGGAGAAAGAUUGCGAAGAUGGAUCCGAUGAGGCCAAGUGCGACGAUAUGGUCUGUCAAAGUUGGCAGUUCACUUGUAACUCGAUGUCGAAGGAGAAACAUCGCUGCAUAUACAAUUCGUGGGUUUGCGAUGGGGACAAGGAUUGUGCCGACGGAUCCGAUGAAGUAAACUGUACCAUCACCGUGCAUUCAUCGGUUCCUCUACCCAAUUCUAAUUCUUGUAAUAGUUGGAUGUUCAUGUGUAAUAAUAGGAAAUGCGUGCCUUAUUGGUGGAAAUGUGACAGCGUGGACGAUUGCGGGGAUGAUUCGGAUGAGAUAGGGUGUGGCAACGAAGAGGCCGAGGAAUGGACCGUAAUAUAUCCCACGGAGCAGUCAAAAGUCUGUCGUGAACAUCAAUUCCAGUGCUUGAACGGUGAAUGUAUACAAGAUUCGUGGCUCUGUGAUGGUUCCAACGAUUGUACUUCCGGUGAAGACGAAAUACACUGUGGAAGCAGUGAUCAUUCCUCUUGCAGAGAAGAUCAGUUUAUGUGUCGUAUGGACGGUACUUGUAUCCCCAUAAGGAAUGUUUGCAAUGACGUAGAGGAAUGCCCAGACGGUAGUGAUGAGUUGGGUUGCUCUGAAGAACAGUAUUCCAAUCCGGCGGCUACGCCGUCUUGUUUCCUCGGUUUAUUCCCCUGUGACGAGACACGGUGUAUCCCUCUAGCGCAAUAUUGCGAUGGAAAACAGGAUUGCGUGGAUGGUUUCGAUGAGAGCAAUUGCGAGAAAAAUAAUUCGCGUGUUUACCAAGUGCUCGAGAUGGGGGUGGACGAACGGUCUAUGAAUGCUACGAGCUUCGUUUUCUAUUGGUUGAUGCCUGUACCCAACAAUAUUACUUUCGAGUUCCUACCUUCGAUAGCAUAUGCCAUACCUGGGGCAAACUGGACCAAUGCCAGCAAUUGGGUCGCUGAUAUGGAAUAUCAAUUUAACAAUUUGAAACCGUACACACGUUACAACAUCACCGUUUACGUUAGAAUAAAGGGCCAAUCUACCGUAUUCCCUCCAGCAAAAUAUUUCACUGUUACAACAGGCGAAGGUGUUCCUUCGGAGCCGUGGAACGUAACCGUGACUCAAAGGAACGGUACUAGCGUAGAGGUUAACUGGCAACGUCCUUUGCAUCCGAACGGACCUAUCACUGGUUACGAAGGAUUCGUAGCGCCACCUAUUCCACCUAUACGAUUCUUCAGACAAAAAACUUCUGCCAUUUUAAACAUGCCAUUCGAGGCUGGGAAAAAUUAUUCGUUUUGGAUAAUAGCAAAGAACAAGGAACGAGAAUCCGCCUCAUCUAACGUGGCUAUAUUAAAUUUCGAUGGCUCCGCUAAUAUUGAUAAUAUCGAAGAUCUCAAGGUGGAAUCAAAGACCAAUCAUUCCGUGAUUUUGACAUGGAAAAAAAUGGAAGACGUCUCUUAUGUAGUUACACCGAAAGGUCCGACAAAUUAUCCUACCUUACCGACAAUUCCUGUAUCCAUUAAUCGCGCAGAGGUGUCGAGAUUAGCUCCAGGAACUAAUUAUACAUUCGAAGUCAGUGCUAUAAGGAAGAAUUACGCUGGUAAAACUAAGACUAUUACUGUAGCUACGGACGGCACUCCUUUGCCGACUAUUACGAACCUGGUUGCCCAGCUAGUGAAACCGCACGGGACCUCGGUAAAACUUACUUGGGACCCGCCAAAAAAUCCCAGAAAAAUAAAAUGGCAGUACGCGAUUCAUUAUGCGGUGAACAUGAUAGAAUUCUUCAAGGAGUACAAGCUUUUAACGACGAACUUGUCGGCGACCAUCAAAGAACUGGAAGCCUGCGAAUCUUACGUGUUCGCAGUAGGUGUGAACGGCGAUUACGGUGCUGGACCACUGAGUCAACCAGUUACGGUGUUCACGCAUUUUAAUCAACAAGCUGCACCAAAGAAAGUAAAAGUCACUCCUACGGACAAUCUUAAUUCCAUUAUCAUUUCUUGGAGUGCCAGUUGUCCUAAUAUCGACGAGCCUAUUAGAUACACGAUUACUGUGACGGAAAUGACUCUAAAUAAACAUUUCGUAGUGACAUUACCACCGACCAAUGAAACCGUAAUGAGACAUAAAUUCAACUCGAUCAAACAUGGUGGCAAAUAUAAAAUUAUAAUAUCCACGGAUGUGGAGGACGCUAUACCAAGUCCAUCGGUUACUUAUACGGCGCCAGACAUUCAACCUCCUCAUCAGGUGAACGUUCUGCACAAGGAUCAAGGCUUUAUCAUUUUUUGGCAAGAACACGAUUUACCAUCCACUUUGAACAAUGUUAAAUAUCAUUACGAGAUUUUGGUAGUGGAGGGAUCGAAUAUGAUGAAAGAAUCGUCUGCCAAAAUAUAUAAAGUUGAUCAGCCACCGUAUAUAUACAAAGAUGCGAAACCGGAUCUUAUCUACACGUUCGCAGUUCGAUUGGUCACCGAAGAAGGCUUCCAAAGUCCUCUCAGUGAAGUUUUCAGCACUAGAUAUAGUGCCGAAGUGUCAUCGUUACCAGUGACGAUAAAUACAUCCAAUAUCCUCUCAUUCGCGAUACCGAUCUGUUUGUUGAUUAUCGCUUUGGGAUCCGCGUUGGCAUAUUUUGUUGUCAGACAUAGAAGAUUGACUAACAGUUUCACGCAAUUUGCUAAUAGUCACUAUGAUACCAGACGUGGACAAGCAACUUUCCCGGGUACUACAGACGGCUUAGAAGAAGAAGAUAGUCCUGUAAUCCGAGGCUUCUCCGAUGAUGAGCCGCUAGUAAUAGCAUAAGCUCGUGAAAAAAAUUACACAUACAACAACAUGACACGUUUGCAUCAAUGAACAUAUCCAGAAAAAUAUUUAAGUAUAUAGGUGGACCUUAUAUACACAUAUAUAUAUACACACGUAAUAUUUAUAUUUUAGGAGAAAUGUGUUAAGACACUAUACGUUUAAAUAUAAAUAUAUAUGUGUAUAUAUACAUGUAUAUAUUAGAUGAAAGAUGACCUGAUCAUAAAAUUGAAAAGCUUUUAUGAAAGUGGCUCAAGACUGACAUACACAAAUACACAUACAGAUAAAAACAUAUAUAUAAAUACAUACAUAUAUAUAUAUAUAUGUGUGUGUGUAUACAUAAUUGUAGAAAGUAAACCAAGAUUGAUCGAAUGGACUGUUUAGAGCACUUACAUGAAAGCUUUGUGAAAUGAAAAAAAAGAUUAUCUUACGUUUGUAGACUAUUAUAUACAUGUAAAUGUUGAAUUAAUUUUACGUCGUACCGGUGGGCCAUAUAGAAAAAUUUGAUAUUGUUGUUUGUUUGAUAUUUGUGUAGGGUAAAAUGAAGGGCGGUAAAUGAGGAAAAGAUAGAAAAAAAGAAAGAAUUUGUACAUAUAGCAAAUAUUUUGUACGAAAACAGCCCAACACUUUUAAGAUUUUUCGAGAAAUGCCACGUAUAACGUUGAUUAUUGAAUUUGUACUAUAUGUAUAAUGAAAGAAAAUUGUUUAAUUAUCUGACCAAUUUUCAUUACUAUUAUCUUUUUUAUUAUUAUUAUUAUUAUUAUUAUUAUUAUUUUUUAAUUAUUACGUAUCAUCUUGUAAAAUUUUUCUGAAAUUUCGAGUUUUAUGCUUUGUCAAUUUUUUAUUUUUUUUUGUCAAUACAAAAAAGAAAAAAAAGAAAAAAAAGAAAAAUGUGCCAUUACACAUAAUAACUGUGACAAAUGAAAGACAAUUUUUGACACCGUAUUUAAAAUACUCGCUCUGCCUCUGCCAAGUUGUAAUAUAUACAUAUAUUCCUUUUCUUCUCCUUGUAUACACGUGAUAUACGAACAAAUAUAUGAACGAGUUUGUUCAUAAUUAAUAUAUGCAUCAUUAUAUACGUUUAGAUAUAUGGCGAAAGUUUGUGAUGAUGGUCAAAGUUCCGAUUUUCUUUUUUAAAGGAAAAAAAUAAUUGCAGUCCGGGUCGUUAAAAAAGCAAGCAGAGCUGUAGGUGGCACCAUUAGACGUGUAUAAAAUCUCAAAUAUGUGGCGCUUAUUUUUAUGUAAUUUUUUUAGUAUAAAUGUUAACAAUGUUGGAAACGGAAGCAAUAGAGUGACGGAUGAUUGCUAAAUUGUCGGUGCUGAUUGCUGUCACAAAAAAAAAAUUGUAAAUAACGAAUAACUUGUUGCUCGUUCGAUCGAGAUGGAGAGAUGGCAGACGGACAUGUUGCCUUUUUGAAACGAUGAAAUCGAAAAUCCAGUAUAGGCACUCGAAUUUGAUAUUUUACCAUUUUGAAUUUUAUCUUUCGUUCAUUCACUGAUUUUUUUUUUUUUUUUUUUGAUUAAUUUUUUAAUCUCAUCCGAACGAAACAAACGCACAAAAAAUUGAAUAAUUUAAAUAUUUAUGAUCUAAAACGUUAUAUAUAUAUAUUUUUUUUUUCUUCUAAUGCUUAGAGUGUUAUAAGAAACUAUUUCGGAAAUUUAGAAGAAUUUUCUCGAAUAUAAUUAUUUUAACACCAUUAUUUUUUAUCAUUGCACUGAUUUUCGAUUAAAUUUUGGGAAGAUAUUUUUGCAAGUAAGAUUAGAUAGAAUAUUUAAUAUUACUUUAUAUUAAAUUUGUAUAUUAUAUACAAUUUUUUCAAUAUAUAUAUAUAUAUAUAUAUUAAAUUCAAUAUUGAUUAAAAUUUUAAUUAUGUUUUAAUCAUGUUAAAUAAUUUCAAACGAUUUCAAACAAACUUGUAAUCCGAUUAUUGCUUCUUUUAUCACUCUAUGCGGUAAAAAGAGAGAGGAAAAAGAAAAAAAGAAUGUACUUUUUUUCCAUUGCUUUACGAAUCGUGCCAUACAAACAACGAUUUAUUGCUCAACAGAGGCAAAAGAUAAUAAGAGGAAAGUGAUCAGACGAGUUGUGGAGGAAGAACAGAAAGUGUUAAGCAGUAUUAUCAGUUUCGAUAUAGCUCGUAUAAACACCAAAAAAGAAAAAAAAAAAAAUCAACGUUUCGAGUAAUCGAGAUCCACUUGAGUUGCAUCUCGAUGUCAUCGUUUCGAAAUUUAUCACGAUUGUGAUAAAACGAGAAGAUAUUAUAUAUAUAUAUAUACACAAUAUAUUCUAAAGAUUUUGAGAUGGUUGAAUUCUAAACUUUUAUCGAACAUGCGAAACGAUACGUGAAAUAAUUACGUGGAAUUUUUAAAACAGAUAUGUUUCUUGAUAUUUUUUUUUUUUUUUUUGCGACGAUAUUCAUUCGAUAUUUUCGAACGAACGAUCGCUACUCACAUCUUAAAAAUGAAAUGAUAUUAAUUACGAAAUCGAGAAAAAGACGAUAUUAAAAAAGGGGGAAAAAGUGAUAUGUGCUUAUCGCUAAAAAAAAGGAAAAAAAAAAAAAAGAAAUGAAAUAUGACUACGUCCGUUCGAGUGCUUCGAGAUUGAAAAAUUUCAGCCAUUCCGUUCAUUCACGUUUGUUAACUUGCUAUACUAUAUAUACACAACAUUGAUAUUUUGAUGCGAGAUGAAGGGAAGAAAGAGAGAAAUCGAAGAAUUUUAAGGUAUUGCCGAGAUUUUUAAAUAAAUUUCGCGGGAGAGCGAAAAGAGAUAUCGAAUGGAGCUUAGGUUGUACGUGUAAAUCUCAAGGGUUAUAGAAAUAUAACAGUGAUAUAUACAUAAUAUAUAUAUAAAUAUCUAUUACGUAUACAUAUAAUAUAUUUGCGUGUAAAUAAAUGAAUUUAAGGCACACAA